AUUUUUCACAAGCAGGCGGCAGGGCCGAUACCACGCGUAUCAUGGCACGUCAAUCACAAUCUCUUAUUCACAUUGGAUGGCUCCUCAUGGUUCCAUUCAAUACAUGUCUGUUUCGAUGUUGCUGCCUAGCCAACUGCGUUUGCUCAUCUAUUUAAUGCACUUGCGGCCUAAUCCUUUUCUGUAUAGAUCUCCUUUCCUUCUAUAUGCUUACCAAAACACACAAGGUCUUGUUGAAGGAACUUUUUAGUAUAUUUCUAGCCACGGUUGAAUAUUUUUUUAUCUCGAUCAAGGCCAAACGGCUCGUCGCCAUAAUUCAACUAACGAGAAUAUCAAUCCUGGUUCCGGGACUUAUGUUUCCCUUUGUCUGUCCUCUGCUGGUCUUGUCAUCUAUCAUCUGCUUGCGAAUCACUACUGUCGUUAUUGCGAGUUUGCCGUUGGCAUCCAAAGGCCUACCGUCUCCCUUUCUAGAGGAGCACUCGAGCUGGAGAAAAUGGACACAAAUACUUCGAUAUACUCGUAAUAUUUGUCAACUAUUACCUUUCCCUCCGAGUCCUUGUAAAAAACCUAUUGGUUUUUGACUCUGAACCUUGUAAAGUGCUCGCCACUUUGCUGUUCAGCAUGUCCAGGACAAGUGUAACAAUAUCUGUCAAUUAUUUUACCGCUUCGACAACUUUGAGGCCCGCCCUCGACAAUCCAGG